AUGCAUGUCUCCGUGCUCUGCGAGAACUUCGGACUCAUUCCCUCGCAGGCCUUGAACAUCUUGUUCGCCUUAUGCGGUAUAACAGGCUCCCUGUAUGGAAUGGGCCGCAAAUUGGAGAAUGUGGAACAGUUCUCGACAGCACUAUUUUGGUGGUGGCUCGGUCAGACAAGCUACGUAGUAACGUGCGUGGUCGCCAAAAUCUCGAUCGCGGUAGCCCUCCUCCGUCUCACCGUGACAAAACUGCAUACAGUCCUUCUGUGGACUGUCAUUGGAGUGACCAUCGUGGUUGGUCUUGUGUUUUGGUUCGUCCUGACUUUGCAAUGCAAACCGGUGUCGUAUUUCUGGAACCGAUUAUCACCUGGAGCGAAAGGAACCUGCCUGAAUACGGACACUAUCAUCAACGUCGCCUAUCUUUACAGUGUAACUGCCACACUGUGCGACUUUGUUCUAGGUCUUUUGCCCAUCUCGCUGGUCUGGAAGCUCCAAAUGACGCGGAAGACAAAAAUUGCAUUGGCUGCUAUUCUGAGUUUGGGAUGCAUAGCCAGCGCUGCCGUCAUCGUUCGCAUCCCCUACCUUCACUUAUACAAAGACCAUGAGUUCCUUUAUGCAACAACGGACAUCAGUAUCUGGUCUAACGUCGAGGCAUCGCUGGGUAUAAUGGCCGGUAGUCUCGUGACUCUCCGUCCACUCUUCCGUUGGUUCCGCGGCACCAGUUAUGGAAGGAGCAAAACUACGAAGAAGACAUUCGGCAGCGUGCCCCUCUCGAGCAUGAACGGGAACGGCAAUGGGACACACCAAUCGAAGCAUGACCGAGACGCGACGCAGUACUGGCGACCUGACGUAUAUCCCCAUGAAUCACGGGCCGUCGUCACAACUAUUCAGACUUCUCCCCGCGGAAGCAAGAGUAGCAGCCAGGAGGACUUGAAUCCUAAGCAGGAGCCUUUGCAUGGGGUGAAUGUACACAAGUCUUUCCUUGUGAGUUCGGAUGAAGUAUGA